CGGCGGGUUGAGUUUUAUGAGGAGAUUGCUGUUGCUCUCUGCUGAUGAUGUUGAGUUGAGUGUUGUUGAUGCCGCCGUGCGCGCUUGUUUGGUUGGCUCAGUCGCUUGCUUACCAGCCGUGUCCGUUCAGUACCAGUUCGCCUUGCACUGCGGAUAGAGGUGUGGUGUGGUUCGAGCGUUGCCGUCUUCGUCGUCGGUCGUCGAGUGUAACGUAGUCGUGAAGCCCUAUAGUCAGGGGGUCUCCGUCGUCGUCGCGUGUCUUUGCGUACACCUUUACCUGGUGUUACUAGUCGCCGCGCUGCAUGCACUGAAUGGACCUCAGCGAUUGUGGAUUGCUGCUAUGAUUGUGUUUGUGUUAUGAGGCGUUGAAAGUGCUGCUGCAGAUCUUGUAUUAAGCGUCCAUCGAUAGCCAUCCGAAGAGUCCAGUAGUGUUAGGAGUUGUGAUGUGUCUAAUAUGACAACGUUUUCUAGAACCCAGUGAAUGAUGCUGAAUUUCGAUUGUGACGAGUGGAUCUAAUAAAUUUUCCGAGAUGCGUCUGUCGGCCAGGAUUAAAUGCUUCAGAUAUCUGGUUUAUGCGUAUAUUGUUCUGAUUUCGAUUUGUGGUGGCGCCCAGCUGGUGAUUGGCGCGUUCCUGCUAUGGACCCACCGGCAGUACUCGGCGAUAGUUAACGACCAGUUUUGGGAACCGUUCGUCGUCAUCAUCGCGCUGGGACUGGUUGCCCAGCUGAUCUGCUACUUCGGAUGGACGUCCACGAGCAAAAAGCAUCGAUGCUACCUGGGAACGUUCUGUGCAUUUCUAGUGAUACUAAUUGUGAUCCAGUUCCUGAUCAGCGGUUGGGCGGUCGCAACCAAACAGCAGCUCCUGACGCCCGCCGAGCUGGCCAUCGAAACGAGCUUCGGACAGUUUGUUGCCACGGCAGGUGCCAUCACCGAUCCGACACACAUCUGGAACCGCCUGCAGCGGGAUCUCCAGUGCUGCGGGAUCAACAAUGUCCAUGACUACAAGAAGGAAAAGCAGAAGCAGCUGGGUCUGCCCUGGUCUUGCUACAAUCCUGUGGACAGCAAGAUCUACGACGUCGGAUGUGCACAUGUUCUGGUGAAGAGCAUCGAGAUGGACAUCAUCAAAGUGGCCAUCGUUGCGAUAGUGUCCGCGUUAGUUCAG